AUGGAUAAUAUAACUGAUAGUAAAGAUAAUCCAAUAGAUCAUCAUCAACAACAACAACUAUAUGAUGAUACUACUAAUAAUAAUACAUUAGAAACAACUAAUAAAUUAUUAAAUGAUUUAGAACGUAAAUUAUCAAUAAUAUCAACAACUAAUUCUACUACUUCAAGUCAAUAUACAAAUAAUAGUGGAUCAGUAAUUCAUAAUGAAAAAUUUAAUGGUUUAGCAAAACAAAAUAUUAAUAGUUCAGUAUUAAGAUAUAUCAUUAAUAAUGAAAAUAACAAUGAACCAGAAGAUGAUGAUGAUAAACAUUCAAGAAUUUAUAAUAAUAUAUUUGAUCCAAAUGAAUUAUUUCAAGAAAGACAUAAUAAAUUUAUGACUAAAUUUGGUAAAGAUUAUAAUGAUGAUAAUAUAUUACAACAACAACAACAAUCACAACAGCUGAGACAAAGGAAAUUAUUAAGAAAGAAUUCAUUAAAAGUAAAUCAAGAUAGAUUAGAAAAGAAAGCAAGUGAUAUAUCAUUACAAGAUACAACCUUACAAGAACAACCACAACAACAAGAAGAAGAACCAAAGGAAUCCAAUAUAAUAUCACAAUCUUCAAUCAAUGCAAUUGAAGUCGAUGAUCCAAAUCAUGAUAUCUCUUCAUCUGAAGAAACAGAAGAAUUAGACCCUCACCAUCAACAUCAACCCCAAGACUCAGAACAACAGAAAUAUGGAAUAUUCUAUGAUGACGGCUUUGCAACCGAUCCUGAAACUCAAGACCUCCUGCUUCUUCCACCAUCUCCACCACGAUCACCCCCUCGUGAAUUAGAUCCAGAUAAAUUAUAUGGAAUAUAUAAUUUUCAAGGCCCUGAUCCUUCUCAUUGUACAUUAUCAAAAGAUGAACCAGUUUAUUUAAUUAAUGAUGAAGAUAAUUAUUGGUGGUUGAUUCGGAAAUUAUCAAAAAAUGAACGAAUAAAUCGAUUACAGAAACACCAUCUGACCAAUGGGCCAGAAGAUCAAUUGGAUGAAGAGAUUGAAAUACAUACUGAUGAAGAGGAUGGAAAAGUGGGGUUUGUCCCCGCUGAAUGUUUGGAAACUUAUGGAGAAAGAUUGGCGAGAUUGAAUUGUUUUAAGAAUGAAGAAUUGGAAAGGCGGACUUCGGGGGAGACUUUGAAUAAUAAUAAUGAAGAGCAAGAUGAUGAGAAUGGGAAUUCGGUUGAGAGUGUGAAUUCGGGUACGACUCAGAAGAAAUCAAAUAAUAAUAAAUCGGUUACAUUUGAGGAUUUGGCUGAAGUUAAAGAUGAAGAUGAAGCAUCAGUGGAAGAUGGGGAUGAUGAAGAUACUGAAGAGGAGAAGGAAAUAGAAGAUGACGACGAGGAAGAAGAGGAAGAAGAAGAUAUUCGUCCAAGUUUUGGUAGUUAUCUGAAAGAUAUCGGACCUCUUUCUGUACAAUCAGAUGAGGCUGACAGACCCCCAUCUGAGACCCUAAGUGAUGUAUUUGCUGAAACUCCCCUAGUCAUCCAGAAAAAGAAACGUACUAAUCAACAACAGCCAACAAUAACGACGUUUUCUGAUUUAUAUGUCCAACCGACUAAAAGAAGUACUAGUAUGGAUAAUAUAUCAAUUGGUACAUAUUCCCCUGAUACUCCGAAAUCAAAUGAUCUAGAAGAAGGAGAAGAAGAAAAUGAAGAAAAUGUGGCUAGACAAGAUAUGGUAAAGGCAUUAAGGCGAUCGGUUAUAUUGGAUAGAUUGACCCAGAUGACUACUGAUAUUCAAGAACAGAUGAAAGAAGGUGGUGUCGGUGAUGGAAAUUCCCUGGAUGAUGAUGAUCAAGAAGAAGGAGAUAGGAGAGAUAUAGAUGAAUUACCUUCUCCUACAAUAACUAAUUCAGUAGCUAAUUCUCCUGAACAAUAUCUUAAACCUAUUGAGAUUCAUGGAAUUGAUGAUAUUUUGUCAUCAUCAUCUUCGAAUCCUGUUGUCAAAUCCGAUCAUCAACAAUAUCUUGAUGAUGAAAUGUCAAAACAACAACAGGAACAACACCUAACUACGAAUCCACAAGGUCAACCACAAACACAACAAUCAAGUGCAGAUUCAAUCGGUUUCCAAGAUUCAUCCUCCGUUUCCCAUCUUUCACUCCACAAACUCAAGAAAAACAGUAUAGAUGAUGAAUGCAUAGGCUAUUUCGAAAACGAAGAAGAAGAAGAAGAGGAUACAAUCACGCCAUUGACAAGUAUGAAUUCAUUAAUUGAUUUAAAUAAUAAAGAACAACGAAGAAAACUGAAACCGGUUCAUGAGAUGUUUAUUCCAAUAUUAGGGAAAUUUGAUGAAUUGGUUGAAAAAUUGGCAGAAUUGGAUGAGAUGUUGAAGUAA